GAAAAUGGAUGGGGAAAAUGGAAAUACAGAGGUGUUAUUAUGGGAAAGCCGGGUUGGUCUACGCCUCUGCUAUUCCAAUCAAAGCUCUUCUGUUUCUCUCUGUUUUACCUUAUCUCCUCCAUUUUCCUCGCUCUCUACACUUCUUUCUCCUCCUCCAAAUGCCUCUUCCGAUCCUCUCCCUUCGAUCCCAUCCAGUUCCCUCUCUUCUCCUAUCCCUCCUCCUAUGGCGAGCACAAGUACGCCAUUCCCACCCUCCGCUCCUCCUGCUCCACCCCUAUCUUCUUCUCAGAUUAUUGGAUGGUUUUGAAUGAGAUCCAGGUAAUGCUGUGGAAUUCCUCUUGGCGGUCCUCCAAUUUGAGGUAUCUCGCUGGUAAUGCAGAUAGUUUCGGCGGCAAUUUCUCUGCCGAAAAGCGAUUUUCAUAUUUCGAUGAUAAUAUUUCUGUUCCGAUUCCUUGUGGAUUUCUCAAGAAAUUUCCUGUCACUGAUUCUGAUCAAACCGCUAUGGAGAGUUGCAACGGCGUGGUUGUGGUUUCGGCGAUUUUCAACGAUCACGAUAAAAUUCGGCAACCGAGAGGCCUCGGAUCGAAGACUUUGGAUAACGUGUGCUUUUUCAUGUUUGUUGAUGAUACCACGGUGAGAGGACUCGAAAACCACAAAUUAAUUCCUACAAGAAACUCGUAUCCUGAUAUAAUCGGAGCUUGGAGAAUCGUGAGAGUUUCAACCAAGAAUCUGUACCAAAAUCCUGCCAUGAAUGGCGUAAUACCUAAAUAUUUGGUUCACAGACUAUUUCCAAACUGUAAAUUCAGUAUAUGGGUGGACGCCAAGCUUCAGUUAAUGGUGGAUCCAUUGUUGUUGAUUCAUUCUUUAAUUGUGACUGAGGAUGCAGAUAUGGCCAUUUCCAAACAUCCGUACUAUAUUCACACAAUGGAAGAAGCCAUGGCAACUGCCAGAUGGAAGAAAUGGUGGGAUGUUGAUUCCUUGAAGAACCAAAUGGAAACUUACUGCGAAAAUGGGUUGCAACCAUGGAGUCCCAGUAAGCUUCCAUAUACCACAGAUGUACCAGAUAGUGCCUUAAUCUUGAGGAGACAUGGAAGGGGAAGCAACCUAUUCUCUUGCCUUUUGUUCAACGAAUUGGAAGCUUUCAACCCAAGGGACCAAUUGGCUUUUGCAUUUGUGAGAGAUCAUUUGACCCCAUCCAUCAAAAUCAACAUGUUCGAAGGAGAAGUUUUCGAGCAAGUUGCUUUGGAAUAUAGGCACAAUCUCAAAAUCAAAGCAAAUCGUGGCUCUGAACUGGACCCCCAAAUCUCCAAGCCCAUACGAACUAAAAGGGCCGGCCCUGAUUUGCUGUAUGUCAAUGGCAGUUGUUGCAGCAAGUGUCAGAAAUAUCUUCUCCAGAUGUGGGGUGACGUUUCCUGAUUUUACUUCUUUGUCCUUUUCUUAUGCCACGUGUUGGCUCUUCCCAGGGGACAAUAGCGUCAAAAGUAAAAGCUUGACAGGUCAGCCACACUACCCCUUCUCUUUUCCUUUCUUCUAUUAUGGACGAUACGGCGUCGUCUGGAUGCCAGUGUGACGAGUGUAGGUAAAUAUUGGGUUUAGAAUACUUACCAAAUGCAUGAUUUCCUUUUAUUAUUA